AUGGCCUCCUCAACGCGGUCUGCCGAGGCUGAGGCAGCUGAUGUGCCAGAGUCAGCGGUCACGGCUCAAUUUGCCGAGUCCAGCAACAUGCUUUACUAUCUGGUUGAGUUCCCCAAGGGUGUGGGCGAGCUCCUUGAUCGUGCCGAAGAGGGCGAAGAGGUGGCUGCGCUGCAUUUCGGUACCAAGGAGGGACCUCCCACCGAUAAGCGCGGUCGCGGUGCCAUUUCUAUGGAACAACAUAUUGCCGUGCGCCUUCAUCCCGAGUUCUUGGAUCAGCAAUACCUGCAGGACAAGGUGAUCAUCCCAUCCCUGCUCACCGGCACGUACGACGAUCUGACCUCUGACAGCAGCAGUCAUGUCGUGUAUCAAGAAGAGAAGCCCGACACGCCAACCGCUUCCACGGCUACGGGCGAGGUCACGGUUCUGGGCCAUAGUGUUGCCCGUCUCAAAACCCGGUACACGCCACGUGGCAGAGAGUUCGAUUGGUACCGCCACAGCAUUCGGGAUCGUCAUGUCGAAACCGAUGUCACCCGUGAUGGCAUGAAUUCUGGCCGGCCCAUGAAGUUGAAGCUCACGGCCAAUACACAGCUCGAUCGCGCCAAGCGCGCCAAGCUGCAAAAUCGCCGUGUGGCCGACAGUGCAGAUGCCAUUCAGCUCCAACUCAUUCAGCAGUUUGCGAAAUAUGAAUACUUCACCAUUGAUGAGCUGCAAUCGCUGAUCAAACAACCUCGACAGGCUUUGCAGGACGCGCUGCGUGAAAUCGGUGACUACGAAACCAGCGGCGAGCACCGCAACAAGUGGCAUCUCAAGGCUGAAUUCCGGUCCUGAUGCAUGAAUGGCCGGAUAUGACCAGUGUUGAGUUUCCUUUGGAUGAAUAAAUUUAAUGAUGGAAC